CGUUAAAAACACUCACGAAGAAGACAUGCUGCACAUGCGUGAACAUCUUUAGCAGCCAUUUCAAGCAAGCUGUAACGACGAAAAGUGGAAGGAAAAACGGCCAAGCUACUGAGUCCCUUUCGUACCCUGUACAAAUUGUAUCAGCGUAUCUGGGUUUCCGAAGAAAAUCGUCAGAGGAGCGUGACGCGGAAGCUAGUUUAGCGUGCUAGCUGCCAGCAAAGACGCCUGGAUGUGAUCAAUACAUCGCGUGUCAGGAUCAGCGUGUGAAAUGUGUAAGGUACGAUUGCUGAGGGCGUUGGUGAACGACCGACUGACUGCUGCUGUAGAAGAAAUAUUGGGAGCUUUUGAAAGAACCUUAGCAGAAUACGAGGAGGAACUUUGUCGGACGAAAGAGGAAAACGAGCGACAACGUCAACUAAUCCAAGCUGUUUUCGCGUCUCAAGAUGACUUACACGGAGAAGACGUCAGUGAAGAAGAUCUUCGUCCUGAGCAGGAUGAGUGGAGCCCCAGGGUCGAGCAGAAGGAGCCAGAGUUCCACCACGUUAAAGAGGAAGAGGAGGGAGCGCAAUUUCAAGGACCGGAGUUGCCAGGGAUUCGUGUCAUUCUGAAAAGGGAAGAUGCUGCAGACAACAGACAGAAGACGCAGCUUCACCACAGUCAGAGUGAGCAGAACAUUGGGCCGGCCCCUCCGACCACCAGCUCAAGUCAACACAUAACAACAAAAGGAGAUGAAGGCCACCAUGGUGGAUCACAAUUAGAUAACCUCUUAGCACCGCUCUCAGAUGGUGAUGACACAGAGCCACACUCUCACGACUUUGAUGAUGAACACACUAAAUGCGACGCGACAUGUCACACAGACAACAAGCACUUGAAAUGCUCAGAGUGUGGCAAAACAUUUUACGACAACAGUAAUCUGAAAAGACACAUGAGAAGUCACACUGGAGAGAAACCGUAUGUCUGCUCAGUUUGUGGUAAAACAUUUGCUCACAAGGGAAAUUUGACAACACACACAAGAACACACACUGGAGAGAAACCAUUUUCAUGCUCAGUAUGUAGUACAAAUUUUAGUGAUCAUUCUGUACUGAUUAGGCACAUGAGAAGACACACUGGAGAGAAACCUUUUACUUGUUCGGUGUGUGGGAAAGGAUUUCUUGUGAAAGGUUCUUUAAAAGCACACACAAGAACACACACUGGGGAAAAGCCUUUCUCAUGCUCAGUUUGUGGUAAAACGUUCUCUCAAAACUCGCAUUUGAGAGCACACACAAGGACGCACGCUGGAGAAAAGUCUUAUUCUUGCUCAGUUUGCAACACAACAUUUGGAGGUCGUGCUGGUUUAUUUUGGCAUGUGACGACACACCAUGCACAUUGAUCAUCAAUUUGUAAAAAAAUGAACUUGAAAAAGACAAGAGAUUUUAGAUUUUUACAGCUUUUUGAGAAAAUGGUGGAUGAAAUGUAAAGAUUGUAUAUAAAUUUAAAUAUGUUGGAUAUUUGUAUAUUUCUGCUGGUUGUUGUGUGCUCCUGACUGACCUCUGAAAUGUCACAAUCUGACAAAAUGUGUUGCUUCUACAAAGAGGCAUUCUUGAAGUACAUAAAAAAUGAUGUAGAAAUGAAUGCAUGUUUUGCAACAAAAGGAAGUUUUCAUAGACUGGCCCAUUUUCUUGAGUUUCAGGGGAAAAAAUGCACUACACGGUUUAAUCUUAAAAUGUACAAAUCUGUAAAAGCAAAUAAAAUAAAUAAUUGAGCAUUU